GAAACUAGGUGAGUUUGGCAUCAGAGCCGAGGGACAGGAGCCUGCGACGCCGCUGCAGAUCAGGGCUGAGUAUCUCGCCUCUCUCCCUGAUGGGAUUCCCGUCCACGCCGUCUCGAGCCUGCUGCGUCCCAGUCCUCAGCCCUCGCCCAGGUUCACUGCAGCUGUUCAGAGGUCCCCAGGAGCUGCUGCUUGCGAGCCUGCUACUGCAGGGAUCUAUGGAGCCAUUCCGUAGUGCCAUCCAGAGCAACGCACUGCCGCAGCUCCUCUGAGCAUUUCCCGCAAGUUUGUUCAAGAUUGGCUGUCAAGAAUCAUGGACUGUUAUUAUAUGCCUUGUUUUCUAGACACCAUGAUUCCUGGUAACCGAAUGCUGAUGGUCGUUUUAUUAUGCCAAGUCCUGCUAGGAGGCGCGAGCCAUGCUAGUUUGAUACCUGAGACGGGGAAGAAAAAAGUCGCCGAGAUUCAGGGCCACGCGGGAGGACGCCGCUCAGGGCAGAGUCAUGAGCUCCUUCGGGACUUCGAGGCCACACUUCUGCAGAUGUUCGGGCUGCGCCGCCGCCCGCAGCCUAGCAAGAGCACGGUCGUCCCGGAUUACAUGCGGGAUCUUUACCGGCUUCAGUCUGGGGAGGAGGAGGGGGAGCAGAUCCACAGCAUCGGUCUGGAGUAUCCCGAGCGCCCCGCCAGUCGCGCCAACACCGUGAGGAGCUUCCACCACGAAGAACAUCUGGAGAACAUCCCAGGGACCAGCGAAAACUCUGCUUUUCGUUUCCUCUUUAACCUCAGCAGCAUCCCAGAGAACGAGGUGAUCUCGUCUGCAGAGCUUCGACUCUUCCGGGAGCAGGUGGACCAGGGCCCUGACUGGGAGCAGGGCUUUCAUCGUAUAAACAUUUAUGAGGUUAUGAAGCCCCCGGCAGAAGUGGUGCCCGGGCACCUCAUCACACGACUACUGGACACGAGACUGGUCCACCACAAUGUGACACGGUGGGAAACUUUUGAUGUGAGCCCUGCAGUCCUUCGCUGGACCCGGGAGAAGCAGCCCAAUUAUGGGCUGGCCAUUGAGGUGACCCACCUCCAUCAGACACGGACCCGCCAGGGCCAGCAUGUCAGGAUUAGCCGAUCGUUACCUCAAGGGAGUGGGGAUUGGGCCCAGCUCCGGCCUCUGCUGGUCACCUUUGGCCAUGAUGGCCGGGGACAUGCCUUGACCCGACGCCGGAGGGCCAAGCGUAGCCCCAAGCAUCACCCACAGAGGGCCCGGAAGAAGAAUAAGAACUGCCGGCGCCACUCGCUCUAUGUGGACUUCAGCGAUGUGGGCUGGAAUGACUGGAUUGUGGCCCCACCAGGCUACCAGGCCUUCUACUGCCAUGGAGACUGCCCCUUUCCACUGGCCGACCACCUCAACUCAACCAACCAUGCCAUUGUGCAGACCCUGGUCAACUCUGUCAAUUCCAGUAUCCCCAAAGCCUGUUGUGUUCCCACCGAACUGAGCGCCAUCUCCAUGCUGUACUUGGAUGAGUAUGACAAGGUGGUACUGAAAAAUUAUCAGGAGAUGGUAGUAGAGGGCUGUGGGUGCCGCUGAGAUCAGGCCUUCCUUGGGGACACACAUACACACACACACACACACACACACACACGUUCCAUCCACUACUCACCCACACACUACACAGACUGCUUCCUUAUAGCUGGACUUUUAUCUUAAAAAAAAAAAAAAAGAAAGGAAAAAAAAAUCUAAACAUUCACCUUGACCUUAUUUAUGACUUUAUGUGCAAAUGUUUUGACCAUAUUGAUCAUAUAUUUUGACAAAAUAUAUUUAUAACUACGUAUUAAAAGAAAAAAUAAAA